AGGUAAUGAAUUUGAAAUAUUUAUUUUGGUGUUGGGACGUGAACUAACUUUUGAAAUAUUGGAUUCCAGUCUCUUUAUCAACAAUCGUUGUAAUGGGUUUUGUUCUUUAAUUGAAUGAUUAGGAAAUGGAGUGCGUAGAAGCAUUUCUGAAUGAUUUUGCGGUCGACGACCUCCUUGACUUCUGUAUGGCCGACGGUUUCGAACGGGAAGAAGGUCGGAGAGAUGAAGACGAACGAGAACCGGAGAAAGAUUGCAACUUUUCCGACCAAAGUGUCUGUCUUGAAGAUCUUUUGUCCUUCCCCGGCUCUGAGCUCGGACUUCCGGUGGGGGAUUUGGCGGAGCUUGAGUGGCUGUCCAAUUUCGUCGAGGAUUCUUUCUCGGAGUCAUAUCACUCCGGCGACUUUCCGGUGAAAUCCACCACCGGAGACGAUGCUCCGACUGCGGCCAUGGAGGCGGUUGAGCCACGGUUUACCAGAAACCCAGUUCCCGUCAAACCCAGGACAAAACGCCGACGCACCAGCCGCCGUGUCUGGACUCUGUCGCCGCCGUCCUCCGCCACAGGCCCAUCAUAUUCCUCGUCGGAAGCGCCGAAUAAGGCGGCGCCCAAGAAGGGAAACAAGAGAGGCCGACGGAAGGCGGAGGCGGUGUCCUCCUCCGGCGGCGGCGGCGGCGGCAAAGAACACAAAGCUCGUGGGUCUUGUAAAUCUAAUCAGCCGUGCAGCCACUGCGGCGUACAGAAAACGCCGCAGUGGAGGAUGGGGCCACUGGGGACGAAGACACUAUGCAACGCGUGCGGGGUUCGGUUCAAGUCGGGUCGGCUCUUACCCGAAUACCGACCCGCUUCAAGCCCCACUUUCUCCACCAUCCUCCACUCCAACUCCCACCGCAAAGUGCUUGAGCUCCGCCUCAACAAGGCCGCGCCCCCGGGUCGGGUCGGGUCAAACCCGGUCAUGUGCCCGAAUCCGGUUCGGUGA